AUGAAUAAAGAAGACUAUGAUAAAGAGAUGAGUCUUGAGAAGGAGAGACAUGCCAUAAUGCUAGAGAAUCUCUUCUAUCUUCUCUGUGGAGUAGACACUACUCAUAUAAAGGUGGGUGUGAAAGACAAGAGGUAUGCACUGACGGCUGAUCCAACAUAUCCUCCGCAGCUUGUUCUGCCAUUCGAAUCACUAGCUAUCAAUGUGAGAAUUCUAAACAAGUUUAUAUUGAGGUCGCAAUAUUCAUCGGACACAAUUAAGGAGAUAGUAGGAGACUACUUUGAGGAAAAGGUCAGUGAGUAUCUGAAUACCCUGAUGGGGUUAAGAAAUAAGGGAGGGAGCAUUGAAACACUUAUGAUAAACCUUGGAAACUCAAUUGAGGAGUUUGAUGAGAUGAAGGAGAUAGUGGACGGCAUCAGAAAUAUGUCUGGAGUAAGGAUAUUGAACUGGCUUGAGAAAAGAAGGAGCAAGGCUGUUCGGUUUUUGGAUCUUUAUGAUAGGCUUAUUGAUCCUUGUGUCUUGAGGAUAAAAGAAGAGGUAGAGAGCUGGGUCACUGAAGGGUUGAUGCCUAGCAGUGGGUUCAUGGUGAAGAAAAACGAGUGCUUGAACGGAUUCACAGAGUGUGUCUGGACGCAUCAGUACACUAUUGUUGAAGAAAAUGUUCCAUACUUUCUGGCAGAGCAUAAAGAGCUCAUUUACAAUUGUGGAAGGGUGAUCAACCUUGGGAAAAGGAUCCAAGGAAAAAACACAUUCCAUGGGUCGAGAAGAGAAUAUAAGAACGUUGGGUUAACAGGGUUGAAUGGGUAUCUAAGCAUGCAAUUUAUGGAGUCUUUAAGAAGUGACCUUGAAAGGGAGUUUGAUGUGAUGCACAGGUACCUAUUGAUGAAUGAGUCUUCUCUAUACCUAGACAUAUUUGAAGAGUUGGUGGAUGAGAUGUUUUUCCCAAGUGAAAGAACGAUUGCCAAAAUGAAUGCCAUCAGAGAAUCGAAGGAUAUAGAAGGCUUUUCCUUCAGAAGGUCCGAUGUAUCGACUAACGAGUACAUUCUACAAAUCUUGAAUGUUAAAAUGAAGCCCGGCCAGAGAAAACACUUCACGAUGUUACAGUUACUGACUGUUGAAUACACGCCAUCUAUUUUAAGGAAUUUCCUGUCUCCAAGGACGGUAUCUGAACUUGAGAUAAUCUUCAGGUUUUUGUUUACUCUCACAGGUAUAUCAUACUAUAUGAGCAGGCUCAAAAGGUUUUGGUUUGCAAGGAUGGUCAUGAUGGUAGUUGAUAGAUUCAGGUUUUCUAUCCACUCAAGAAUGAAGCCCAUGAAGGUAGAGAAGGACAUGGACUAUGUAAGAGAUGCUCUACUUUCCAGUACCAAAAGAUGGCUCCGGGACCUAUACCUGACAAGUGAGAAGGCAUAUUAUGCAUGGAGUAGCUUUUUUGAUCUUUGCUUUGAUUUUCUAGAUGUGGAGUGUAAGUCUGCACUAAGCCGGGAAGAUAUGGAACCAUUUGAAAGUAAGUUAGUUGAAUGUAUAAUAUGCCUCAAGGGCAUACUAGAAGUUACCGAACACAAUGAUUUAUUUAUUCACUUCUUGGGUAGUAUUGAAUGGGUAAGAAUGCCCAACGUUCUUAUGUAA